AUGAGAAAAGUGGUCUUAUUUCUUGUUCUCUCUCUUCCCUUUCUUUCAUUCAUUCAUUUGUUCAUUCUUUUGCUCGUUCGUUCGUUCUUUGUUUCAUUUUUCGUUUGUUCUUUUGCUAAGUCUUUCUUUCAUUUUUUUCUAUCUUUGGUUUUUCUUUCCAUCUUUGGUUUUUCUUUCCAUCUUUGGUUUUUCUUUCCAUCUUUGGUUUUUCUUUCCAUCUUUGGUUUUUCUUUCCAUCUUUGGUUUUUCUUUCCAUCUUUGGUUUUUCUUUCCAUCUUUGGUUUUUCUUUCUAUCUUUCCUUUCGUUUUUUUUUUUAUUCCUUUCGUCUUUCUUUCGUUUUUUUUUUUUUAUUUCUUUCAUUUUAUUUCUUUCUUUCAUUUUAUUUCUUUCUUUCGUUUCUUUUUCUUUCUUUCGUUUCUUUUUCUUUCCUUCGUUUCUUUUUCUUUUGUUUUUUCUUUCUUUCUUUCAUUCACUCUUUCACUUGUUCUUUUGUUUUUUUUUUGUUUUUUUUUCAUUUGUUCUUUUUUUCUAUCUACAUAGACCCUUUCUUGCCUCUGCCGUUUUUCUUCAUUUUUGACCCCCACCUUUUCUUGCCUCUGCCGUUCUUCAUUUUUGACCCCCACCUUUCUUGCCUCUGCCGUUCUUCAUUUUUGACCCCCACCUUUUCUUGCCCUCUGCCUUCUUUUUUGACCCCCCACCUUUCUUGCCUCUGCCGUUCUUCAUUUUUUGACCCCCACCUUUCUUGCCUCUGCUGUUCUUCAUUUUUGACCCCCCCACCUUUCUUGCCUCUGCCACCCCCACCUUUCUUGCCUCUGCCGUUCUUCAUUUUUGACCCCCACCUUUCUUGCCUCUGCCGUUCUUCAUUUUUGACCCCCACCUUUCUUGCCUCUGCUGUUCUUCAUUCUUGCGAGCUUGACCCCAACCUUUCUUGCCUCUGCUACUUUACUCUGCCCCCUUUCUUGCCUCUGCUACUUUACUCUGCCCCCUUUCUUGCCUCUGCUACUUUCUCUGCCCCCCCUUUCUUGCCUCUGCUACUUUACUCCCCCCCUUUUCUUGCCUCUGCCUGCUUUACUCUGCCCCCUUUCUUGCCUCUGCUACUUUACUCUGCCCCCUUUCUUGCCUCUGCUACUUUACUCUGCCCCCUUUCUUGCCUCUGCUACUUUACUCUGCCCCCUUUCUUGCCUCUGCCGUUCUUCAUGCUUACCUCCCCUCUUUCUUAG